AUGAAAAAGUUCAUCGAUCAACUACGUGAUUAUGAUGUCUGUUUUGAAACAUUUCUAAUUCCAAGUAUGAACGGUCAAAAACACAUGCAGACAAUUUUACUGCGCGAAUCGUUCAAGUAUUUUUCUGAGGAGAACAUAGGCAUUAAACAUGCCAGUCCUACGAAUAUUCUUGAUGUUAGCUGUGGUCGUGGAGACUACAGUGCCAGCUGGACAUGUUCGAUCGCAAAAUAUGUAUCUGGUGGUAUAAAUUAUUUCUGCACCGAUAUUCCCGAAGGCUUUUGCAAAGACAGUGGUGAAUGUUACAUAGAGGCCACAAAGCGUAAGAUCAAAGCGGUAGCCCAUAUUUUGAAGCUUUGCGAUGAUCCAGUUGGUGUGGAAUGCGAUUUGUAUUCUGGUGUAGACGUGAUCAUACCGUUUCCAAAACAGGCGGAUAUAGUACAUUGGUCGCACAGUGGUUAUCAUGUACGUGAUGCACUAGGUCCAAAAAAGAAUAAUUUAAAAGCAAUCGAACAAGGACUGCAAAUAGCAAUUGCCAAAAUAUGGUCUGCUCUUGAUGAAGAGGGUCUAAUGUUUUCAAUUCAUCAGAGCAAUGAUACAAGUGAUAAUGUACCAGCGCAGAUGGCUACACUUGCACGGCCUUUUACUGGAAUACUGGAUAAUGUUCCUUGGUAUAUAGAAAAAAAUGUGCAUAGUCAUGGUGGUUGGGUCACAACUGUUCAUUUUGGAGCCCCAGUUAAAUUUCCAAUAAUGAAAAAUAACAAAUGGCAAUUACUGAAGAAUCCAAAAGCGUGGGAGUUUCUUGACCAGGAUCAGCAGCAUACGCUUCGUUUGCUGAAUUUUAUUGCUCACGAUUUUACCGACGAAAAUAAAGCUGGACUCGAAAAGCUUGCCGAAAGUGGGAAGCUCGGUGAAUUUAUCGAUAUUUUCAAGAAUGCUGUUCAGCAAAACAGUGAUUAUAUCAUCUGUAAAUGUGCCUUCCAGAUGGCUUGUAAAUCUAAAAUAAUGGCCGAUAAGUUGGACACGAUUGGUAGAGAUUUACGACAGCGUAUGCCAGAGUUCAUCAAAGAAAUGGCAGAGACAAUGAUGUCAGCGAAAAAAGAACACAGCGAAGCAGUCACAUCGUUAAAGUUAACUAAUUUCCACACAUGA